CAAAAUGUCCACAUCGUUUCUGACCCGUGGUUUGUCAUCGUUUUUGUUUAAAUCGUUCGCAAUCGGAUCAUCUAGCGCAGCGGGACGAAAUGCUGGCCCAAAUCAAUCGCUAUUCCAUUCCACCAGCAACACUGAACCGGAGGAUUCGAUUCGAUUUGAUAAGCUUCAAACAGUCCCUAGUGCUUGCAUCCAGCUGUUUGUUACACUCGCGCUGACAAUCAUUUCUAUUAUAUAUACGCUGCAGCAGUGUGAUACCACAACGGUAUGCCUAUAUUACUACAUGCUGCUCUACCUGCGGGGUGUCUAUUGGGCGAUUGUUUACCUCAUCCACCUGUACACCAAAAGCCGCCACUCUAGCCUGAACCGUUGCGGUCACCAUAGGUUUGCUGUAAAAGUUCAUCGACACAAAAAAUCAUGCCUUCAGCUAGUGACGGUAUCGAACACGAUCCUGCUGGCCGUCCACACAGCGUUGGGUCAUUGCUUUGGGGAAACAUUUAUGCAACGUUGCUUUGUGGAUGGAUUUUCGUCCGUUGUGUUCGUCGCGUCCUUCACCCUGCUGGAGACUAUCAUUAUUGUACCGGUGCAGCUAUCCUAUAUCGUUCAUGUGCAAGUGUUCAAUCGUACCACACCCGUACCGGAUGCACAGCAGAACGCUGAUGAUCUAAGUUUGCGGAUAUGUUCCACGGACGAUUACAGCGUUAACGAUAGCUUCAAGAGCAUUACCGAUCCAAAGGAAUUUGUCCGGCUGCAGUCGGCGAUGAUCAGCAAGCUCAAGGAGGAAAAUAGCCAGCUUCGCAGUAGGAUCCGGGAGGCAAAAAAUAUGGUUGAGCUAGUCCCGAACCAAUCGCUUAACUAUUCACUGGCCGAGCAGUCCGUUGUUGGAGGCUACUGAUAAG